AUGCCUUCACAUCUUUCUGCAUUCAAACACCCAAACGCCAUGAACUCUGCCCUCACGCUUGUCUCUUUCCAGUCUCCCUCUUUCAACCUAAAACAACGCCCACUGUCCCAGCGCCAGCAGAUAAGCGUCGAGUGGGGGGAGAGGCAACAAUAUUCGCCAAAGCCCAGACGAGCGAUACCAGGGCCAAAUGCAACGGGGGGACUCAACAAUGCUGACCGCAGAGGUAAUACCUUACCAUCUUCACCCAUGACACAUGUGAUCCAGGAGUUCUGCUCCUCCCUCAAUGACAAGGACAUCGCACGGCUCAUGGAGCUGAUUGACCCUGAUUGCACCGUCAAGCACACUUCAUAUUAUAAACCACUGGACAUCAAGGAUACUAUUGCAUACUUCGCAAGGCUUAUGGAAGCUAUGAGAAAGAAUGUCAAAUUUGCUAUUGAUGAGGUUUGUCAAGGAGUAGAACCCACUGUUGCUGCAGCAAUAUGGCACCUUGAGUGGAACGGUAAGAUCAUCCCAUUUACCAGAGGCUGCAGCUUCUACAUGUGUUCAGCAAAAGGAGAAGCCCUUCUUAUUAGGAAAGUCCACAUCUUCAACGAGUCACCUGUGAAACCAGUAAAUCUGGCAUUGGACAUACUUCUAUUUGUUACCUUUUUGUUCGACCUACUUCCAAAACAAGCUGAAGAUUUUCUACAGAAUCCAGAAGCACUAGUCCAGUCCUGCGUGAAGUUUUACAAAUUCCUCCUGGAGCCUGUUAUCGUGUACCUUCUUGCAUAUUCUAUCCGCUUCUGGUCAUUUGUUGUGAAGCUUUACAAAUUAUACCUGGAGCCUUGUAUCGUGUAUCUUCUAGCAUAUAAUUUCCGCUUCUGGUCAUUUGUGGCACGAAGACUGGAUACGGUGCUCGACGUGUUGUAUAACAUUUUCAAGCAGUUCAUGUAAGGAACUAAUAUAUAUCCCAGAAAAGUCUACGAAGAAUAGUCACCAUGUGGUUGCAAUCAAUUACCGGCAACAUCACGAGUGAAGGAUCAGAGAAGGACCUAUAAGAACCAGCCACACUUCGGCAAAUGUCGAUGGAUCAGAAUCUUCCACAUGAUGUUUAUUUGUUUCCCAACACUUAUCCUAUCCUUGCCCCUGUGAAGAAGAAAUGAACAUCAUUUCGCUCUUAUAAAAUUGCUGUUAGUGCAGGGAUGUAUAAAUAUAACCACAAGAUAUUGCUGUAACAAGUACCCAGAAAUACUACUGUCACAUUCUUAUA